AUGGCAAACAGUGAGGAAGAAUUGAGGGAUAAAAUUAGUAAAUGGAGGAUGGCUAUGGAAGCAAAGGGAAUAAAAAUGAAUAUAGCAAAGACAAAGGUGACGAUUGGUUGGAAAAUUCUAAAGAUGGAGGAAUCCGGUAAGUGGCCUUGUGCUAUCGUGCAUAAUAAUGAUAACGUAGAAAAUGGUGGUUUGGAUAUUGGAAAUAGGUUAACCCUAGAAAAAGUGGAUAAGUUUUGUUAUUUGGGUGAUAUGCUAAACCCAGAUGGUGAUGCAGAUUCUGCCGUUGUUGCAAGGGUCAGACAAACAUGGAAGAAGUUCAGAGAGAUGUCGCCUAUUCUAACAAAUAAAAAGGUCUCUGAAGUUAAAGGGGAAAGUUUCGUAAGUUAUGAUGAGUUGUUUAGUUUAUGGCGGCGAAACAUGGGCAACGAAAGCGACUGA